CAGAUGUCACCACCAGCACAUUUCCUCUGGCACCGAAGUAUCUAACUGUCGUUUUUCCUUUUUUUAAAAAAAAAAAUCUUCCUGGAUUGGCAUUGCCCCAAAAUAGAAUAAAUAAAAAAAUCUUCUUUCCGUCUUUCAUGUGAAGAAUGGGCUGCGCAAUAUCAGGUCUCGCAGCAAAAUCAGAGUUUGCAGAGAAGACUUCAGAGGAUGCUGCUGCUGCUGCCGCGUAUCCCAGCGAGGACCAGAUUCAGAUGAUUAAAGACUCGUGGAAAGUUAUCCGGGACGAUAUAGCCAAAGUUGGGAUUAUUAUGUUCGUCAGGUUGUUUGAGACCCAUCCUGAAUGCAAGGACGUCUUUUUCCUCUUCCGAGAUGUGGAGGACCUGGAGAGGUUGCGGACCAGCCGAGAACUCAGGGCGCACGGCUUGCGGGUGAUGUCUUUUAUUGAAAAAAGUGUGGCUAGACUGGAGCAGCUGGACAGACUGGAGGCUCUGGCUCUGGAGCUGGGGAAAAGCCAUUAUCAUUACAACGCCCCGCCUAAGUACUACAGCUAUGUUGGAGCAGAAUUCAUCUGCGCCGUGCAGCCUAUCUUGAAGGAGAGGUGGACGGCCGAGCUGGAGGAGGCGUGGAAGACCAUGUUCCAGUUUGUGACCAGCCUCAUGAACCAGGGAUACCAGGAAGAGAGCGCCCGGCAGUGCCAGCUCGCGCUAUCCCCAAAGGAAAGACCGGACAAGAGAAACACAGCGCUAUGAGACAGCACUUCUUUUAACCGCCACACAGACUGUUAUCGCCAGUACAGCACAAAAAUGCAGUUUGUAAAUAGCGUAUUAACCGUAAUGUUUCCCGUCUUGCUCACGUUUGGUCCUUUAGUAUUUUAACAGACAAAAACGAGCUGUGACUGUUUAGAAAGCACUUUAUUUUUGAAUUUAAAUUCUGCUGCUGUCCUCUUGUAUGAGAGCAGGACUCGGGUAUCACGGUGGGACAAACACAAAUGGGUGGAAACGCUUUCUGGCUGCAGUCAAACAUGCUUUGUGAUUGUGAUAAACAAAAAAAGGCAUCUGAAUUACAGCCAAUACUCCUCUCUGUAUUUAUAACUCAAACAUGCUUUCAGUAAAUCUGCAGCUUUCAACAUUUUCUGCACUAUUGAACCAAAUCAUGACAUCAUUCAGACAUUAGCUGAAGCUGUAAUAUACAUAUUGGUGUUAAAGUAUUUAAGACAGCCAGUUUAACAGCUUGGUAUCGGUAUGUAAAAACAGUGACUAGAAUAUUAAUUGUGCCUCUAAAGACAUAAUAAAAUUUAAAAAAAAUACAGUACAUGACAUUUGACCCCACCAGAAAAAACAAAACAUUUGGUUCUACGUGAAAACUCAGACGGACAUUUAAAUCCAAUUUCAUGAAAAAAGAAAAAAUGAAACAUCUAAAACCAGCUGAAUUAGAAUGAGCUAGCACAACUUUUAUUUUUAGCUGGUAACAUAACAUAAAUAUGCUCUCUAACAAUUAAAUAGAGUGAAGGGCUGUUAAUCAUCGGGCUCCAGAGGCAGCAGAACUUUUGAGAAUCUGGUCCCGAAGCAGAAAUGGUGGAGAUGAUGAAUGAGAAAUCCUCAGUUUUCUGUUCCAAAUGGCACUGGGCAGUCAGGGAUGAGAUGUUAUCAUGCAAACAAUGGCAUAAUAUCAAAGCAGUCCGUGAAUCUGAGGCCUCGAAUGAAUGGGAGGAAAGCAGAUUGGGGGCUGCAGAUCACAUGGAGCCCUCUCCCACUCCCCUCAGAUAGUGCGAACCAGUUUAGGUACCCAAGGUUGUCUUAGAGUCUCUUGCUCAUUGGGUGGCUUUGGUUUUCUUGCUUUUGCUUUUCUUGUCUUUCUUCUUAAGUCCAUCCAUAUGAGCUCUGAGGAGGUUAGAGUACGCCUGAAAAUGAAAGAAGUACAAAUGGUGGAUUUAUCAAAGAGGCAAAACUUUAAGAAAAAUAUGAUAGUUUCAGUCUUAUAUGGAGAUCAAAAAAGAUUUUAGAUGAAAACUUGCUCAACCUACCAUCUGAAAUUUGAUAACUUCUUUGGUGCUGACCUGAAAUUAUAAGUGAAAAAUCAGGAUUAACCAGCUGUGGGGUGGGGAUGGCAAAGCAUCUCAAAAUUAAAAUCUUAAAGCAACUUUAGCUCACCACUGUGCUAAUUUUCUUCUUGCCAUCAGUCGCUCUGAGGAGACAUUUGUUGUCUGCAGGUUCAAAAGACUCCGCGUGGCCCUUUCUGGGCACCGGUUUGGUUCUCCCAUCAUCUGGAAGAAUGAAAGACUCUUAUUAAAACUGCUUAAAUAUAAAUAAAUACAUUUUGAAA